CGUCCCGCCGGAACCCGACCUCCUCUCCCUUUCCCUUUCCCCCCUCUUCGGCUGCCGCUACCCCGCGCCGUCCCUCCGUCUCCCGCAGCCCACCCGGCUGCUGCUGUCCCGCUCCUCCCUGGCGUCUUUCGGCUCGUCCCUGCUGUGCGGUUUGUGACCCUUCGCUGCCGCCUCUCCCCGCUGCCCCCGUCUCCCCUCUCCAACUUCCCCAUCCUUGUUGCCCGUUCCCCACCUCCCCUCGGAUUUACCAUUUUAAGGAUUUUGGGGGGCAUUUUCACCUCUCCCGUUCCCCUUACGCGUCUCCCCUGCCCGAUCGCACUCGUUCCUGUCCUUUCGCCUGUUCCUUCACUACUUCCCCGACUUCCUCCGGCUUUUCCUCUGUCUUGGCAUUUUGUCUUUCUCCUUCGCUCAUCGUGUGGAAAACAGCUGAGCUUGUCAGCAGCAUUGACACCUAUGCCUGGAGUGGGAGAUUGCGCUGAGCUGACGUCUCUGUCUACCUUCAUCUGCAGCUGCUGAGAGAAGUCUGCUGCAUUAUCUCUGGUACAGCUGCAACUAUGACUUGACUUAUUUGCAUUCAUGGCUCUUGGAUGAUCUAGUGAACCAUGGAGCUCAAAGUAUGGGUGGAUGGAGUCCAGAGAAUUGUGUGUGGGGUCACUGAAGUCACAACAUGCCAGGAAGUUGUAAUAGCCCUUGCUCAGGCUAUCGGCCGCACCGGGAGGUACACGCUCAUCGAGAAAUGGCGGGACACGGAGCGGCACCUGGCGCCGCACGAGAACCCCAUCGUGUCGCUGAACAAGUGGGGGCAGUACGCGAGCGACGUGCAGCUCAUCCUGCGCCGCACCGGGCCCUCGCUCAGCGAGCGGCCCACCUCGGACUGCGCGGCACGCAUCCCCGAGAGGACUCUGUACCGGCAGAGCUUGCCGCCCCUCGCCAAGCUGAGGCCAUCCGGCGACAAAGCCAUGAAGAGGAGGGAGCCGAAAAGGAAGUCUCUCACCUUCACCGGUGGGGCCAAAGGGUUAAUGGACAUCUUUGGGAAGAGCAAGGAAUCUGAGUUCAAGCAAAAGGUGCUCAACAACUGUAAAACAACAGCAGACGAGUUGAAGAAAUUGAUCCACCUCCAGACGGAGAAGCUCCAGUGCAUUGAGAAACAGCUGGAGUCCAAUGAAGCUGAGAUCCGCUACUGGGAACAGAAGUAUAAUUCCAGCCUGGAAGAAGAAAUUCUCAAACUAGAGCAGAAGAUCAAAAGGAAUGAAGUGGAGAUUGAAGAGGAAGAGUUCUGGGAAAACGAGCUGCAGAUCGAACAGGAGAAUGAAAAACAACUGAAGGAGCAGCUGCAGGAGAUGAGGCAGAGGAUCCUGGAGUGCGAGAGCAAGCUGAAGGACUACGUGUCUCAGAUCCACAACAUGGAAAGUGGCCUUGAAGCAGAGAAAUUGCAGCGGGAAGUUCAAGAGUCCCAGGUGAAUGAAGAAGAGGUCAAGGAGAAGAUUGAGAAGGUGAAGGGUGAAAUUGAUAUUCAGGGUCAGCAGAGUCUGAGGCUGGAAAAUGGCAUUAAAGCUGUAGAACGCUCUUUGGGCCAAGCUACCAAACGGUUACAGGACAGGGAGCAAGAACUGGAGCAACUGACAAAGGAGCUGCGACAGGUUAACCUGCAACAGUUCAUCCAGCAAACAGGAACGAAGGUCACGGUGCUGCCAGCAGACCCUGUUGAGGUGGAAGCCCCACACGUGGAGCUUGAGAGAGAGCCAGCAUUUCAGUCUGGGUCACUGAAGCGCCCUGGCUCAUCGAGGCAACUCCCCAGUAACCUUCGGAUUCUACAGAAUCCCCUGUCAUCUGGUUUUAACCCGGAGGGCAUUUACGUAUGACAGUACAUACCUCUUCUGGAGAGGACCUAGCAAGGUACCCUGGACAAGAUACACUUUUGUUUUGUUCUGCCAAUGAUGAAUGGAAGAAGAUAUUUUGUUUUCCCUUUUUGUUUUGUUUCCUUGCUAAGCCACCGUAAUAUUUUCUCUUCUUCCUCCAACACACCACUUGGAGCCAUAACCUGUGCACUGAUGCUAAAGAGACAGAGCAACUGUCUCAGUUCACACUUGGCAAGGAUGACCUUGCUGUCAAAACAGCUAGAGUGCAAAAACCUUCAUUUGUUUUUGCCACUUCAGAAGUGUUUGGGAAAGUAUUGUUCCUUGUAUAGGCAUAAAUAAAAGACUGAGGGUGAAGGAAAACACGUAUGCAACUUACCUGAGGUUUAAUUUAUUCCCUUUAAUCAAUGGACGUGUGAAUGUUGACCUUUUAUAUUUUUAUUUUUAACUUGUGAAUAAUCGUGUAUGGCUGUAUGUCAGUCUGACAAGGUGACUUUAGUCUGUGGGUACAAACAUCCACCGUUUGAUCAAAUACAGUGAUUUUCAGUGCAGAGUUCUGUGGAGUGCCGAACCAUUAAAAUGGUUUCUCACCACUAACUCUGUUAAUUUCUGUUGUGGGUCAUAUUAUGUCAUGUUCCAUCCAUAGCUGCCUUCUAAGGCUUGAAAAGUGAGCUUGUGGGAUUUACUUGCUGUUGAAUCUGCCUUGAAUGAAGCACCUAGUGUUCAAAAGAUUUAUGGAAUUUAAACCUUGGCUUGGUAAAAGUAUUUCCAGUAUAUGAUUGAGGAUGCACUAGUUAGAUGAUAUUUUAUUAUAUAGAAUGUAUAUUUGAAAUAUUUUGCCACAUUGUAUAUGCCUUUUGAGAAAAGAACAAUGUAAGAAGUUGUCUUCAUAUAUCUUACCAAAAGAGAGUAGGAGGCUUUCACUGUGUGUGAUUUUAUACUUUAUUUUUUCCACUAGCCGUUACAGUGUUCUUAUUUU